AUGCUUUCGUGCAGCGUCCGGCUCUCUCGCGCGGAGUCGACUCCCGCAGUUCUCGGGCGACAGUCUACCCAUCUCGAUAUUCUGGGCGAACGAUACGCCACGGACGAGAUCACAAACAUAACACCAGCUAUAAUAUCCAAAUUAUCCGAACGACUUCAUACUCAACACGGACACCCGUUGAGCACGCUCCGAGCACUGAUUGAAGGGCACUACGCGGACUAUACUCACCUAUCCUCCUUCUCUCCCUUGGUCACUCCCUUCAAAAACUUUGACGAAUUGUCUUUCCCGAAAGAUCAUCCUGGACGCUCUGUGACGGACAGCUACUAUGUCAACAAGGACCUGAUGCUUCGAACACAUACAUCCGCACACGAAGUGGAGGUAUUCGGCAAGGGCGAAACCAAAUGGCUGCUCACGGCGGACGUAUAUCGGCGCGACGAGAUAGAUGGUUCGCAUUAUCCGGUCUUCCAUCAGAUGGAGGGAGCUCGGAUAUUCGACGCCACGCCGACCGGCAUGAAAGAGGUGGAGGAGGACAACGAGCGUUUGUCAUACCAUUUGGCAAGGUCGAACAUAGUUAUUGAAGAUGUUCCGCACCUUGCACCAACAAAUCCCAAUCAACCUGAACAUAAUCCCCUACAUUCCGAGCUGGUGGCGAAGAAUCUGAAAUUGUCGUUGAAUGCUCUUAUGCUGACGCUCUUUGGGACGUCCAAUCGUACAGAACCACUCCGGGUUCGGUGGAUUGAAGCGUACUUCCCGUUCACAAGUCCAAGCUUCGAAGUGGAGGUGUUCUUUCGGGGAAAGUGGCUCGAAAUUUUAGGUUCUGGCGUGGUUAGGCAAGCUACGCUGGAUACUGCCAAGGUUCCAAAUAAGCUCGGUUGGGCAUUUGGCCUCGGGUUAGAACGCAUUGCGAUGAUUCUAUACUCCAUUCCCGAUAUUCGGUUAUUCUGGUCCAAGGACGAGCGGUUCCUUUCGCAAUUCCAACAAGGUGCCAUUACGACAUUCAAGCCCUAUUCCAAGUACCCGUCGUGUUUCAAGGACGUCAGCUUCUGGCUACCGCAGGAGGCGAAUCUUCAUGAGAAUGACUUCUGUGACCUUAUUCGGGACGUGACUGGAGACCUGGUUGAAGAUGUGAAGACCGUGGAUCGUUUUGUUCAUCCCAAAACCAAUCGUACAAGUCUGUGCUAUCGUAUAAACUACCGCUCUAUGGACAGAUCGCUGUCGAACGAGGAAGUCAACGAAAUCCAAUCUUUGGUCGUGUCAAGGCUGAAGGAUGCGUUCGGAGUAGAGAUUCGUUAA